GAGAAGCAUAAUGGUAGACCGUGCUGACGCUCUCAAACACACACAUAGAGGGAGAUAUAAUUGGAGGGAGUGAGCGGGGAGAAGAGAACGGAGUGUGUGUGAGGAGUUGAUAUCACGGGUUUAGGGAGGGAUACAGUACUGUACAGUUGUCAGAGGGAGGAUUCGGAUUUCCGGUUAGCGGAGCAGCAUGAUCUUAACCGCGGGUAGUGCCUCUUCAACCGAGGUGAUCUCACCGACGACUGUGGAUUGACAGACAGGCGCACAGAGAAACACACCGAGGACACAUUUACCCCAGGAAGAGUGUGAGGGUUUGUUUGUGUGUUGGUGUAACCACAUGAGCUCAUUGCUUGCCCAUGUGUCCUGACUGGGUUCGACUCCUCUGCCCGUGACAACAUCCAAACGGCUCCUCUCUAUCUCUCCCUCCUCUCUUUCUCCCUGCAGAGGGAUGGGCUGCAGGCUUCCUAAGCUGCGGAGGACUGGGGAGGAGAAGAGUCCCGGGAAGAUCUACUCCACCCUCCGACGACCGCAGGUGGAGACCAAGGUGGGCGUGGCCUACACCUACCACUUUCUGGAUUUCCUGCUGGGGAAGGAAGAGGUGUCUGUGUCCUCAGUACUGUGUCUGUCGUCAGUGAGAGAGUUACCAGUCCAGGUGAGGGAGCUGUAUGGUCAGGGCUUCGUCCUGGUGGCUGUCCAUCCCUUUGUCCACCCUUGUGGCCCCAGGCCUGCACGCAUUCAACGCCAGCUACACAGAGCUGUCCUCAUCAGAGAGACACACAGUUCAGAGAACGAGCUGAAGUGGGCGGGGCUUCGCCUGGAGACAGACGUGUGUGUGGCGGGUCAACAGGCCCCUGACCCAGAAGUCAUCCAGAACUACGUGAAGAAGAUCCAGGACAUGGCGGAGCAGGGUGUGCUGUUUGUGGGCUUCCUGCAGCAGCCUGGCGGGGGACCCUGUUUCCUGGGGCACUUGGACCCUGAGGACCUGUCCUCCCUGCACUCCAGCCCCUCCCCCAUACACAGACACCCCACCAGUCCCUCAGAACCCAUGAUACUGGAUCCCAGCCCUACAGACUCUGCAGAACCCCAGCAGAACCUCCUAGAACCAGAACACAACCGGAACACAGAAGUGAAAACACCAGAACACAAGUCGGUUGAACUCAGAACAAUUGAGCAGAACCCUACAGAUACCAGUCUGGUGGAGCUGGACUUGAGCUCCACAGGACCGCUAGAUCUCACACAGGACUCUACUCCAAUAGAAUCAUCAAACAGAGAACACGACCACAGUCCAGGCAAAAUAGCCUCAAUAGAAGACCAACCAAACCGCUGUCCAGAUGAACCAGCAGACUCACCAGAGAGACCCAGCCAAAGAGAUCCAGCUAAUGACCAACAGAACCACAACCACGCCCCAACAGGACUCCCUGGUGACCAGGAUCAACUACAGUCUGACAACACAAUAGAGACCACAUGUAUAGAGAGACAACAGAAUGAAAGCCAAGCAGACUUCCUCAGGAUUCUACUACCCAACUUCAGCCCAACAGAGUUAACACAUGGACUUGGUGGUCCAGACGCAGACAGACAGUGCCAGGGAGACAAACAGAGUCUAAGCCCUCAGACACAGAACCACAACCAGAGACCGGAAAUAGACCACGGCUCAGACAACCUGGUCCGGUCACCAGAACUAGACAACGGUGACCACGGGUCAGAGUCCGGGGCUGAGAGGGGGUGUAACCGUAGAAACAAGGGCACGGGCGGUGACCAGGGUGAGCAUCUGAGGAGCAGCAGAGUUCCGACCCACAACAACAACAAUCACAUCCGGGUCAAGAGUCCAGACAGAGAAAAGAGGGCUGUAGGGUCUCCACCAGCACAGAGCAGGGUGCAGCUGUUUGCCCUGUACAACCACACGGGGGAGCUGUCCAGCUCUCUGAGGUUCUACUCCCUCAGGGUUCCGCUGCAGCUGCAGAGAGAGGCAGGGCUAGUGACUGAGGUUGACGCCCACUGGCUGGAUCACAUGACCCAGCAUUUCACCAGCGGAGCUCACCUCAUUGACGGCUUCUUUCACCUUGGAGACGACAAUGACAGCGGGGUCUCCUCCGUGGACAGUGUGUUCAUCUUUCAGAGCUCCUCAGAAGAAACCCCACCCACUUCAUACGACGCCAUCGUGGUGGAGCAGUGGACCAUUGUCGAUGGUGUAGUGGUAAGGACAGACUACAUUCCCUUGCUCCAGUCUCUGGCUCCCUAUGGAUGGAGACUGACGUGUGUGCUGCCUACUCCCAUCGUUAAGACCAACAGUGAUGGCAGUUUGUCCACAAAGCAGAUCCUCUUCCUCCAGAGACCUGCCUUGCAACGCAACAGGAAAGACUUCAAGAAGUUGAACCUCAGGGGUCGGAACAAGCCGAAGAAAAACUCUGCUGGAGAAAUGCUAGAGAAGAAAGAGGAGAGAAAGGACACAUCCCCAGUGAUGGAGAGAGGGAUGGAUGGACAGAAGAGGAACACGGAAGAGGAGGAGGAGAGAGAGGUGAGAAGGAAUUGUGAGAACAAAAUAAAUGAGAAAAGAAGAACCGCAGACAGAGAUGGAAUCAAGAGAGAAGAGGAGAGAGAGUGUGAGACAGAAUUUCAAGAAGACUUCACCCAGGGUACAGAGGGCGGGGCCACAGACCUCAACCAGGAAGUAGAGCGGGGGAAUGGCAAAGCCCUAUUGGCCAGACAUGAGAAGGCCGUUAGGUUUGCAGAUCAGUUUGUCAAUCAGAAGAAUGAUGAAGAGAAGUCAGAGGAGAAGAUCACACAGCAGCUGAGUGAGAGAGCGCUGUUUUCUGGAGUAUGUUAAUUAGAUAUAAUUAAAUAUAAAGCACCUGAGUAGGAGUGCUGAUCUAGGAACAGUUUUGCCUUUUAAAUCAUAAUGAAUUAGCGGGGAACUGAUCCUAGAUCAGCACUCCUACUCUGAGAUGUGUUCUGAAUAACGUUACAGGCCCUGACCUGGGUUCAAAUAGUAUUUGUAAGAUUGCUUGAUUGAGCUUUCAUGGUGCCUUGCCUGGAUGGAACCAAUGGAAAAGUACCAAAAGUGCAAACCCAGCCCACCUGACACUCUAGGCACGCUCAGCAAGUUGUAAUAUUUCAAACAGCCUACUAUUUUAACCCUGGAAUGGAAAUAAUAAAUAUACAAAAUGACAGAAUAGGAUGAAGCACUAGUAGCUCAUCGAUGGAAACCAAGUCACUUAACAGAAUGGUGGUUAAGUUAUAUUCCUGGUACUGUAUCAAACCUGGAGUCGUAUACAGUAUAUACUCUGUGUGUGUGUAUAUAUAUAUAUAUACAGUGCAUAUAUACAGUGCCUUGCGAAAGUAUUCGGCCCCCUUGAACUUUGCGACCUUUUGCCACAU